GCGACGCCCAACGGGGCCGGUAGGGCCGGCGCCUUGCGCGGCGUCGCCGCGGCGCCCGGUGGGGUCGGCGCGGGACACGGAGCGGCCACGGCGACGCCGGCCGGGAUCGGGCCGGCCCCCGACGCCGUCAACGCUCUGGUGGCCGGCGGAGUGAACCUGGUGGCCCCCGGCGUGACGGUGGCGGUUCCCAACGGGGUGAUCCCGGUGCCCAACGGUGUGAUCCUGGCUCCGGGCGGGGUCCCUCUGGCUCCCGUCGGGGUCCCCCUGGCCCCGGGCGCGGCGGCAGCGGUGGCUCCGGGCGUGGCUACGGCAGAGGGGCCGUUCACCUGCCCGCUGUGCUGGAAGGUGUUCAAGAAGCCGAGCCACCUGGCGCAGCACCAGAUCAUCCACACGGGCGAGAAACCCUUCGCCUGCGCCGCCUGCGGCCGCGCCUUCAACCGCCGCGAGAGCCUCACCCGCCACGUCAAGACCCACGCCGGCCCCCGCCGCGUGCCCUGCCCCGUCUGCGGCAAGGAGUUCCGCGACCCGGCGUACCUGCUGCGGCACCAGGUGAGCCACGGCUCGCCCCGUCCCGCGCACCGCUGCGACGUCUGCGGCAAGGCCUACGCCGCUCCCCAGAGCCUGCUGCGGCACCGCCGCGCCCACGCCGCCGAGGGCUCCGCGCCCGGCGCCGCGGCGCCCGCCGACGCCGGGAGCGUCCCCGCGUCCACCGGGCGCAGCUUCGGCUGCGGGGUUUGCGGCCGAGCUUUCGGGCGGCGCGAGACGCUGCGGCGGCACGAGCGCAUCCACACCGGGGAGAAGCCGCACGAGUGCGGGGUGUGCGGGAAGCGCUUCCGCGAGUCCUUCCACCUGCGCAAGCACCGCGUGGUGCACACCCGCGAGCGGCCCUACCGCUGCGAGCUCUGCGGGAAGGCCUUCGGAUACCCCCAGAGCCUGACCCGGCACCGCCAGGUGCACCGCCCUCCCCCCGGCGCCGUCGAACCCCCGCCGGCCCCGGCGCCGGCGCUGGGCUGCGGAUCCUGCGGGCAGCGCUUCCCCGAUCUGCUGCGCGCCGCGGCGAGCAAGGACGCGGCGGCGGCGGCGGCGGCGGAGAGGCCGCACGGCUGCGACGCCUGCGGGCAGGUUUUCGGCUUCUUGGAGAACCUGGUGUGGCACCGCUUGGUGCAUUCGGCGGCGCCGGAGCGGGCGGCGGCGGCGGCGGCACCGGCGACGUGCGUGGAGGCUCCGGUUCCGCCAGAGGAGCCGCCGGCAGCGCCCAGCGCCGAGCGCUUCGCCUGCGGCACCUGCGGGCAGAGCUUCAAGCGUUUCCUGGCGCUGGUCACUCACAAAUACGUGCACCUGGCCGGGCCGCGGCCGCCGGCCUGCGGAGCCUGCGGGCAGCGCUGCGACGGCGCCUACGAGCUGCUGCGGCACCGGCGGCGGCACCUGCGGCGGCGCCCGGCGCUCUGCGGCGCCUGCGGCCGGCGCUUCUGGGCGGCCGCGCUCCUGCGGCGGCACCGGCGCUGCUGCCUCGCCCGGCGCCGCCCGUUCCGCUGCCGAACCUGCGGCCGCUCCUUCCUGCGGGCCCGGGCGUUCCGGCGGCACCGGGCCUGCCACGCCGGGCGGCGCCCGCUGCGCUGCCCGCUCUGCGCCAAACGUUUCGCCCGCGCCGCCGCUCUGGCCGAGCACCGGCGCCGUCACCGCCCGGCGCGCCCGCGGCGCUGCCGGACCUGCGGGAAGACGUUUCGGUUCCGCUCCAACCUGCUGGAGCACCGGCGGGCUCACCUGGGCGAGGACGUGUACAGGUGCGAGCGCUGCGGGAAGAGUUUCUUCUACCUGGGCUCCAUCGUGCGGCACCUGCGGGCGCACGAGCGGCGCCGGCGAUGCCCCAGGUGCCGACGGAGGUUCGGCGACGCCGCGACGCUGAGGAGGCACCUGGGUGGGCACGGGGCCGGGCCGGGCUGCCGGGGCCGCGGGGAGGGGACGGGGACGGCGGGGCCGUGAUGGGGACACGGGCGGGACGGGACCGGACGCGGUUUGUGGAGGUCGGUGCCGGAACGGCCCAAAAUUUGGGCUCAUCCCAGCCUGAAAUGGCUCAA